CGAAAAAAAAAGAAAAGCUCAAAAACAGCGUAGCGUUGCGUUAUUUACCCCAGACGGUUAGGUAACGUCCGUUCCGAAAAUGGCCGAGCAGCCGAAGCCCGUUACCCAGAAGCUUGAAGCAGAAGAGAAACCUCCGACGUCUCACCAAGCCGUGAAGUUCGUAUCGGCGGCGACUGCCGGCGCGGUGCUCCUGCUCCUGGCGGGCCUCACGCUCACGGGGACCGUCAUCGUGCUCGUUCUAGCAACUCCCGUUCUAGUCAUUUUCAGUCCCAUUCUGGUGCCGGCCGGUAUCGCCAUAUUUCUGGCCGUUACGGGUUUUCUGUUCUCAGGUGGGUUCGGCGUCGCGGCGUUAUCGGCUUUGGCAUGGAUUUACAACUAUGUUACCGGAAAACACCCUGUGGGGUCUGAUAAAAUUGAUCGGGCAAGGAUGACUCUGGCUAGUAAGGCGAAAGACAUGAAGGAGAAGGCUAAGCAGUAUGGUCAAUAUGUGCAGCAGAAGGCACAAGAGGCAUCUGAAACUUGAAGAGUUGGUGAUGGUUGGGUUUUAGGGUUUCUUGAGGUUAGCUGUGGUUUGUUUGGGUGAGUAUGGUUGCUGAGCUUUGAUGGGUGGGAUGUGCAUGUGCUCGUGCUCUCUCUCUUUCUCUGUGUUUAUUUUCAUGUGGAGACGUCGUUUUUGUUCAAUAAAUUUGGUAUGUAGAGCUGCUUUUUAGUCUCUCAUUGCAGUCCUUUUUACGUAUAUUAUGUAUUUCAUGUGUUUUCUCUCGAGUAAAGUAGAAUAUUUUGCA